GGGGGGUAUCGGGGAGAAUCGCACAAAGACACAACCCAUAUCAGGAAGUGAUACAUGCGGUGGCAUUGACAAAGGAACAGAGACACGCAGAGCAGCAGGAAGUGAUAGCGAGCGCAAGACACUGGGAGGGAGACAACACCGACGGACACGUAGCAAGAGGGACAGCACGGGGACAGACGAGAGAGGCAGCCAGCGACAAGCAGCAAGCAAGGCGAGAGGGGAACAGGCCGGGGGUAAGCACAAGCCACGAGGAAGAGACACGGGGAGACGUGAAGUUACAGGACAGACGAGUAGAAGGAGAGACAGAGACUCUGGCAGGAGGGCAGCGCCUCUAAACCUCGUGCCACCAGAGCAUUGGCGUGGACUGGACCCGAGACCGAACCGCAGGGAGAGAGCGACCGCCCCCAUCGCACCUCCUGCUGCUGCUGCUGCUCGCCAGCAGCCAGAGCCCCCGAGGCAGGACCGUAAGGAGGAGGAGGAGGGGAGAGGGAGUCGCGCUCCGCGGGAAGACGAAGCAGCAAGAAGCAGCAGCAGCAGCAGCAUGGCCCCCAACAAACACGCCAGCGGCAAGGCCGCCUCCUCCUCCUCGGCCACGGCCUCCUCAGCGCUCGCCUCCUGCAACAAGAAGGCCAGCAUGGAGCAGAUACAGGCGGACCACGACCUCUUCAUGCAGGCGUUUGAGAAGCCAACUCAAAUUUACCGCUUUCUCCGGACAAGAAACCUAAUAGCGCCGAUUUUUUUACACAGAACUCUGACCUACAUGCCUCAUAAAAACUCCAAGUCAACCAGCGAAAAAAGGAAAGUUUUCAAGUUGGAUGAAAUGCUGUCUCGGGUCGAAGAUCAAAUGAAGGGGGACCCCAGCGCUCCAAGCACACAAUCGGGACAUUUGCAGCUAAACUUCACUGGAUUUUUCCACACGAGUGGCACAGAAAAGGCAACGCAAAACUCUGAGAACGAACAGAACUCGGCAAUACUGGAGGUGCUCCUCGUCAAAGUGUGCCACAAGAAACGCAAGGAUGUGAGCUGCCCUAUCAAGCAAGUGCCUCUGGGUAAAAAGCAGGUGCCUUUGAACCCACCGGUGGUGGGCGGAGCCAGCAAGGCAGGGGCGGGGGCGGGCUGCCCCUCCCUCUCCAUCCCCCAUGGGGAGUUCCAGCCAGGGAAUCCGCAUCUCGUCAAGUCCUACUCGCUGCUGUUCCGCAUCUACCGGCCGCUCGGGCGCGAGGGUCAGGGGGCUGCCGGCUUGGCCCGCGAUGCCGACGAGAAUCUGGACGUCACGGACGACAUUCCCAGCAAGCGGAGGCGCAGCUCGUGCCACCGGGAGGACACGGAGAAGGUGUACACCUCGGAGCUCACGGUGUUCGAUAAAAACAGACGGUGCCAGCUGCUGGACGGCGAGUACGAGGUGGCCAUGCAGGAGCUGGAGGACUGCCACAUCAGCAAAAAGAGGGCGACGUGGGAGACCUUCCUGGAGGGCAAGAAGCUGCCACCGCUCGAGACGUUCACUCAGGGCCCCACGCUGCAGUUCACGCUGCGCUGGACCGGGGGUGCCAUGGACAAGGCGUUCACUCCCAGCGCCAAGCCGCUCACUCCGCGCAACAUCGUCGACCCCUCCGCGUCCGCCGAUGGCCGCAACGCCGCCACACAGAAGCCGGCCGCCCCCACCGGAACCUCAGGAGUGAAGGACCAGCUGUCGUCCAGUGUCCAGGUGAAGAAGGAGCCGGGGCAAAUGGAACCUCAGAAGAAGCUCAGAAUAUACUACCAGUUUUUGUACAACAACAACCUGCGGCAGCAGACGGAGGCGCGUGACGACGUCCACUGCCCCUGGUGCACGCUCAACUGUGGCAAGCUCUACAGCCUGCUCAAGCACCUCAAGCUGUGCCACGGCCGAUUCAUCUUCAACUAUGUGCUAUGGGAGGAAGCCGGAGAACUGGGAGGAAACCCAUGCAGAACAGGGAGAGAACAUACACACUCCACACAGCAAGGCGGCGCCCGAGUUGGAAAUCGAACCCAGCCUCUCACCAAAGGUGCUCGCAUCGACGUGUCCGUCAACGAGUGCUAUGACGGCUCGUACGCUGGCAAUCCGCAGGACAUCCACUCCCAGCCGGGGUUUGCCUUCAGCAGAAAUGGGCCCGUCAAGAGAACGCCCGUCACCUACAUCCUUGUGUGCCGGCCGAAGCGGCCGAAGCCGAGCCUGUCAGAGUUCCUCGAGUCGGACGAGCUGGAGGUGGAGCAGCAGCGUCCUUACGUGAGCGGCCACGACCGUCUCUACUUCCACAGCGACACCUGCCUCCCGCUGAGGCCGCAAGAGAUGGACGAGGACAGCGAGGACGAGAAUGACCCCGAGUGGCUCCGCGAGAAAACCGUGCUGCAAAUUGACGAGUUCAUGGACGUGAACGAGGGGGAGAAGGAGCUGAUGAAAAUGUGGAACCUGCACGUGAUGAAACACGGCUUUGGAAGGAAACUGCAGAACCCGGAAGAAAUCCAUGCAGAACAGGGGGAAAACACACAAACUCCCCACACAAAGGCACCCGAGUCGGGAAACGAAUCCAGGCCCUUCUUGCUCUUCAUCGCGGACAGCCAGAUGCACGGAGCGGUGCUGCUGUUUGUGGAGCAGUGGGGGCCGCGCCUGCUGGAGAUGGGCCUCUUCCAAAACCUGCUGCUGCACCUCAUCAGUCUGCACGACUUCAACCUCAUCGGGCAGGCGAGCGUGCAGGCCGCCAUGCUGCGCCUGCGCCGCCUACGACAGCGCCACCUGGCAGCGCUGGAGCAGCAGCGAACUGGAGGGCCGCCCCCCCGUGGCCUGGAGGGCUCGUCGGUUGCCGGGGAGACGGUAUCCACGGAAACGGAGAAGAGCAGCCCCUCUCCGGCGCCGCCGCCUCCGUCGCCGUCGGAGGGCAGCGGCUGCCCCUCGCCCGACGCCGACCCCUGCACCGCUGCGUCGCCCGAAGGCAGCGGAGACUCGGUGGGGCCGGAACGCAGCUAGUGCCGCCGAGGCACACGGCAACGACGAUGUCGCCGGUGACGGGGCCGUGUUGAGGGUGGGGGCUGGGGGGGGGGGCGGCAACCGCAGGCACUGGACCACCGAGACACGGGGGAGGGGGUGUGCGACGACGGACGCGGAGCCGACACCCCGGCCGUGACCCCUGAGAGGAGAGUGGUCAAAACCGGAUUGUAUCGGUCCUCGUGGAUUUCUGGGAUGUGGUGGGGGGGAGAUGGGGGACGGAUGUUCCUUUUUUAUCGUUGUGUUUUAAUGCGAGUUAUUGUUUUUGUUGUCACCUUUCAACAGAGAGUAAAAUAUAGGAGGAAAACAGGAGAGGUGUAAAACUGCCCCACGUUUUCCCUUGGGUCUGCUUGAGACGAGCGUUGUUCACUCAAGGAGGUGGCGGGCUAAGGCAAAUUCAGGGCAACUGUGGCCCACAAUAGUUGACGCGUAAUUUUAUGUUCCAAACAAUUCAGUGGCCCAGAUCUGGACAAAUCGGAUCAGUGUUUCCGCCUGUGGGUGAGACCGGGAUGGCAGGUGGAGUUCACAUUACUACCCAAGGUUGUGUGCUCUGUAGACCAACAAUUUUUCAUUGAACGUGCUAUUAAACAAACUCUUGUUUUCAUUGACUGUUCAUUGACUAUAUAAUUUUAAGGCAGUUGCGCAAAGUAAAUAUGUUGCUCGUGAUAACUCUUGGCAACAGUUGCCCUAAAGCUGUCCUAGUGUGUCAUGGCCUUAAUGUUUAUGAGUUGAAGGUGGGAGGGGGGGGGUGGUCACGAUGACACGGGCGGGUUUGCGAUGGUGCUCUCUUUAUCUCUCUCAGUGCUGUGUUCUCGGAGGAAAUUAAAUGGCGAGUGCAGAAUGAGCGAUGCUAAUCGGCGUCGCUUCUCGUCCGAUGACACGGUGUGAUCUCCCUGAUUGGCCACAUUGAGACGUCGUGCUCCCAAGAGGUCCACGAGCGUGACAACUGGGAGGGGGUCGCCCUCCGUAAUGCCUCACCGCUCCACCCUAACUUUGUUUUUGCCAAUCAAGGGACGUUUUACAUCCUUUCAAAAUUGUGUCACGGUGAAAUGAAUUGGCUAAGGCUACCGUGAGCGCAGACUUCGAAUUCCGUGCUGCAGCCUUCGAAUUCCCGUGCUGCAGCCUUCGAAUUCCGUGCUGCACCUUUGUCGCCGCGGCAACGUGUCCCGGGGGGGGGGGGGGGGGUCUGAGGCUCGCACCGCCCGAUGCCGUUGUACCUGGAGACCAACGCUGUGUGGCAUUCCCAAGUGGAAGUGCCUUGGUCAUGUCGCACUGCUUAAACACAAAUUCAAAGGUAGGGUGGUGAAGUUGUGUGGGGUAUUGCAUCUUAAUUCUCCUACGUGGCCACAUCGAUUUAGCCCUGGGGGGGGUCGCUCCGUGUCGAUGACCGUUACAGCGCCUCGUCUGCCUGUCGGACGCUUAAGAGGCGGGGGGGGCGCCCUCGACUUCAAUGAAAUCAGUUUUUUUUAAAGUGCGAGUCACAUGCUGCUGUUGAAAAACAAAAACAAAGCCUUUCCCAAUAAUUUAUUCACGCUCACGUGUGCUCCACACUGGCUUGUUACUUGAAAACCUGAAAUUCCCGCGCGUCAUGGUGGGGUUGGGAGGCUGCGCGCUCGUCGCCCCAACUCUUGGGCGCAGCUCCCACCGGCCGUGCGUUCGCCAUAGCCGACGAUUGGUGCUGUGUGUCCCGGCAAAACCGCUCCACUGAAGCUGCUCGCCUUCGGCUGAGCGGACGUAUGAAGGCCCGAUGUGUUGUUCGGUGUCCCUCCACGGCUGCUUUUGAAGAAGUGUAAAAAACAGAUAACCGAUCGGUGCUGCAUCGUUAUUUGCCUGCGUUGUGCGCAUUUCCGCACGUAGUAUCCGCGAGCCUGGAGACGGCAUUUUCCGUCUCCGGGCUUUCGGUGGAAAUCGGCUGAUGUUGAAAUCUGCGCGUGGAGACGCGGGCACUGUCGGGGGUUGCGAGUCAACGGAUCGAGCGUUCUUCCCGCACGACAGCACGCUCGGGCCUGCAGCUCCAUUCCUUUGCAGCGGAUUGCCUAUAUAAAGUACCUUAGCAGGAGAUAAAAGUACUUUAUAAAACACGUAUUGCUUUUGGUUUAACAAUUUUUUUUUUUUGCUUCGCCGUGGAACUGCCGGCGUAAUUUUAUUUGCAGUGUGUAAAACCACCACCUCGAUCUAGAUAGCCAUAGUCAAAAGUGGUGAGUGAACUGAAGCACCGGUUUAUGAAUCGAUCGGUACCAAAGUACUCUUAAGAUAGGUGUGCGUGGGUGCAAGAUAAUCCUCGGACAAGUGCACACUCUGGGAGGGUAGGGCAGAUGGGGGGGGGGGGGGGGGGAAUGCAUUUUAGCAGCAUUUUAAGAAGCAGCUCGUCAACGAUGCCCACGCGAGAACAUCACCCCGCGGGGUCUUUACGGUGGGAGCUUUGUCCAUGCCAACUUGAACUGUGCUACAAAACGUUGGAUGACGUACGGGGGGCUCCGACACCCCGCGUGGAGGAUCUGGUGUGGCGUUGAGCUCCGGGAUGCGAGCAAAACUCUUUUACAUUUAGGUGUGGUUGUUUCUGGGACUUAAAAAAAAAACUAAAGUAUAAAUUGAUGAUGCAAGUGGACCACACUGUGGAGGAGUGUUGGCAGCACAUUUCGUAAUGUACUUGCGGUGGGAUGAUUUCACUGUGGUGCUAUUCGUGAUCUACAGUACGUUCCGUGUUAGUCGUCGUCGUCGUGUGCGCGGUUGCAUGUGCGUGCGCGCGCCCCCGUGCGUCACCUCGGCCGCUCCGCCGUGUGGCGCCUUCUCUCGCCCGCCUCCGCCGGCGUGCGUGUGCCCGCCCAAGUCGUCCAUUGAACCGGGACCGUCGAUAAUGCCCUCUUGCCCAGAAGCCAAAUUGAGAUUUGCUGCCAUCGCCAUAACACUAACCGAUCAGUAUCACGAUUCUGAACGAUUGCUGCACGGGUCGCAGUCGUUAUCGAUGUCUCGUUCGGCAAAUUUGGGAUUCUGCGGCCUGCGCAUGACGGAGGGCCGCUCGGUCCCCCCGCUGGGCCGUGGCGCCACGCUAUCGCAUGAGAGCGGACGUGGGCGACGAGGCCGAGGUGAGCGUGUUGGGCCGCCCGCUCGCCCGUCCCUGCGCUGCGGCUGUCACAAUAACGAAUCAUAGGCAGCCUUCAAUAACGUACCGACGCGCGUGUGUUUUGUUAUCGAGUGGUGGUGAUGGGCGGUGGGUG